CCCAACACCUGAAAAUUAAAAUGGCUACUGGUUCGGAAGCCUUACGAGUUUUGCUCCAAGGAAUUGACCUUGAAAAAGAAUUAAUCCAGGCUCAAGAGCAGAAAAAACCGGAAAGCAUUCGCUUUUUGCAAGCUACCAAGUUAAAAGAGGAAAAUACUAUUGCUACUACCCAAAUUAAUAAUUUUUACCGCAAAAUCAUUUUAAUCAACGAACGAGUAAAACACUAUCAAGAGUUAAAUAAGACCUACCGCGUCCUUUUAGAGGAAAUUGUGCAUAACGAAAAAAGAAGAUUGCAAAAAGCUGUUGAUGAACUACACGUUUUUUGUCUUCAAAAUUUAAGCGGUAAAGAAGGAAUACUACGAAAUUCUUUGGGGAAAAGAGUUGAUUAUUCAGGGCGUUCCGUAAUUACGCCCAACCCUCAUCUACUUCUCAAUCAAGCUGCCGAACAGUUAAUAAGAGAUAACGACCCGGUAAUUUUUCCAUUAUUAAACGAGGUUAUGCAGGACCAUCCCGUUUUAAUUAAUCGGGCUCCGACUCUACACCGGAUAAGUGUCCAAGGUGCUUAUCCCCGACCG